AUGUCUACCGAUACUUCAGCAGUGGGAGCGACUGAGGACCAGCGAGCCUCGCUGACUUCCAGAUUCAUUCCUACCAUGACCCUUUCGGAGGGAUCGAAUCCCCUCACUCGCCCCCUCACUCCAGUACCUUUUGAAUCUGCUCACUCACGGGCUGAAGCACGAUUCCAAGUCCACAGCAAAGCCAUAAUUACCGGCGGAGCAGGAGCGCUAGGCCUUGUCUCCGCACAGGCUCUCCUGGAGCAUGGUCUCACCUCACUGUGCAUCAUGGACCUCCCCACGACCCUAGAGACAUCAGAAGGACAAAUUCAAUUACUAGAAUCAAAGUUUCCCUCUGCCAAUAUAACCAAAAUUUCCUUGGAUGUGACAUCAAUCGAAUCAAUCGAAGCCGCUUUCGAGCAGGCAAAUAAGACAAUGGAAGGCAUUGACAUUCUCUGCUGCUUCGCUGGGAUCCCCGGCUGCCAGCCAUCCCUCACAGUAACACCCGACCAAUUUAACAGAGUCAUAGACGUCAAUCUGAAUGGAUCUUUCUUCUGUGCCCAAGCCGCAGCAAAGAAAAUGGAAUCCUCGGGCAAAGGCGGGUGUAUCUUGUUCACUGCGUCGAUGUCCGCCCAUUAUACCAACUUCCCACAGCCGCAGGCUGCUUACAAUGCGAGCAAGGCUGGUGUCGCGCAUCUGACUCGAAAUCUGGCUGCGGAGUGGGCUGUUCAUGGGAUCCGAGUGAAUAGUAUUAGUCCCGGUUAUAUGGAUACUAUUCUCAAUGCCGGAGAUGGUUUGGCGGGUAUUAGAAAGAUUUGGGAUUCCCGUUGUCCAAUGGGCCGGAUGGGAGACCCUGAGGAAAUUACUGGGGCUGUUGUUCUUCUCUGUAGUCGACGUGCAGGACGAUACAUCACUGGUACUGAUAUUGUUAUUGAUGGAGGGACAUUGACUCUGUAA